AUGGUUCGGACUUUUGAGACGCUCUCCCAGCUGCCGACCCAGCGGGACAACCCGCUCCUCCCACCGUCUGCCGAUUACUCGACGAAUUUCGAAAAGCGCACGACAAUCACCUCUGCCCAGCCCUACCAUGAGUUUGCCGGUGAUCUGUGCAAGUCGCAGAGCGAUACGCGCGACUAUCGACUGAUCAAGCUUACCAAUGGGCUAGUGGUGAUGUGCGUGAAUGACCCGACGGAGAGCAAGGCGUGUGCAGCGCUGGACGUGCAUGUGGGCAGUCUGGCGGAUCCAGAGGAGUUCCAGGGGCUGGCGCACUUUCUGCGAGCACCUGCUGUUCAUGCAUUUACGGUCCCAUCUGUCAACCAGCCAUACCGGCUGUGCGGCUGUGCGGCUGGCACGGAGAAGUACCCAAAGGAGAACGACUACAACUCGUACCUGUCGUCAAACGGUGGCUACUCGAAUGCGUACACAGAUCUGGAAGACACGUGCUACUACUUUGAGGUCGGGAGCGAUGCGUUUGAGGGAGCGUUGGACCGUUUUUCGCAGUUCUUCCUGACCCCGCUGUUUACUGCCGACUGCACUGACCGCGAGGUGCGUGCCGUGGACUCGGAGCACAAGAAGAACAUGCAGAACGACAUGUGGCGGCAAUACCAGAUGGAGAAGGAGCUGUCGAACCCGGCCCAUCCGUUCAGCCUGUUUGCCACCGGUACGUACGAGACCCUGAAGGGCGCCGCCGAGGAGCUGGGCGUUGAUCUGCGCGAGGAGCUGCUGAAGUUCCACGCCAAAUACUACUCGGCCGAUAUCAUGAAGCUGGUGGUCGUGGGCCCCCAGUCACUGGACCAGCUGACCGAGUGGGCCGGUAGCAAGGGCCUGACCAAGCCCGUGUUCAAGGGCCACCCGCUGACCAGCAACGAGACCGGCAAGCUGCUGCUGAUCAAGAGCGUUCGCGAGCAGCGCGCCCUCGACAUCACCUUUGCGCUGCCCGAUCUCAAGCCGUACGUCAACGAGCGACCCGGCCGCCACCUGGGCUCGCUCAUUGGCCACGAGGGCCCGGGCUCGAUCCUAUCAUACCUGAAACACCGCGGGUGGGCUACAAGCAUUGUUGCUGGCCGGUCGCCGACGUCCGCCGAAGGGUUCGACAUGUUCAAGAUCACGUCGAGCCUGACGGAGGAUGGCAUGGCAAACUACAAGGAGGUGAUCCGCGUUAUCUUUGCAUACCUGCAACUGCUGCGCGGCACCGGGCCGCAGGAGUGGUUCCAGAAGGAGCUGCAGCGCAUCAGCGAGAUCGAGUACCGGUUCAUGGAAAAGAACGACGCUGUGACUUUGGCCUCGUCUCUGGCUGCGCAGAUGCAAAACCGCUUCGUGCAGCCGUCGCGCAUUCUGUCCAGCAUGCUGUUGGUCACGCACUACAACAAGGACCUGAUCAAGCGCGUGGCAGACUGCCUGAACCCCGACAACUUCCGCGUUCUAAUCGCCGCGCGCGAGUUUGAUGUGCCGUUCAACCAGGUCGAAAAGCACUACGAGGUUGCCUACCGUGUCGACCCGCUGCCGCAGGACCUGAUGGACGACCUGCACUCGACGCUGAAAUACGACGAGCUCCAUCUGCCCGGGCCCAACAUGUUCAUCCCCGACAGCCUCGAUGUGAAGAAGCCUGCCGGGCCCGUCGAGCCCACCAGAGAGCCCGUGCUGCUGAAGCUGACUGAGGGCUGGGAGGUGUGGUUCAAGCGCGACGACAGGUUCUUCCUGCCGCGCGGCGAGAUCCGCAUUAUCAUCGAGACGCCGCUCGUGUACGAGUCCCCACUCAAUAGCCUGCUUGCGCAGCUGUUUACCCUGAUCCUCAAGGACAGCCUGUGCGAGAUCACAUACGAUGCGCAGGUGGCGGGCCUGUGGUUCGACAUCCGCGACUCGAACGAGGGCAUCUUUGUGCAUGUGGACGGAUUCAACGACAAGCUGGGCGAGCUGCUGAAGCUGCUGCUGCGCUCGCUGCGCACGCUGCAGGUCGACGACACGCGGUUCGACGUGUACAGCCGGGAGAUCAAGAAGAAGCUUGACAAUGCCAAGCACUCGGAGCCGUACACGCACAUCCAGACCAGCGUCAGCUUCCUGAACCAGGGCACCAUGUGGCGCUACUCGGACAAACUCAGCGCGUUCCCCCUGAUCACCAAGGAGCGCCUGCAGCACUUUAUCGACACGCUGUUUGAGCAGGUGCGGAUCCAGAUGAUUAUGAUGGGCAACUUCACUGAGGAAGACGCAAUGGGCACUGCCGACACGAUCACCGCCGCUCUGGACGCCCGCUCGCUGCCGGACUAUGCCAGACGCGUCCCGCGCUCGCUGCUGCACAACCCAGGCCAGUUUGUGCACUACCAGAUGAUGCCUGAUGAGGGCAACGUCAACAGCGGUGUGGACAUGUCGGUGUAUGCUGGCACCUCGCAGAACCUGCGCGAGCGCGCGCUCCUUGAUCUGACCUCUCUGAUUGUGACUGAACCGUACUUCAACCAGCUGCGUACCAAGGAGCAGCUCGGAUACAUUGCGUACAGCUCCGACCGCAAGUACCAUGGCGGGCCAAUGGCACUCCGGUUCCUGGUGCAGAGCGAGUCAAACCCGAUCUACGUAGCGAUGCGCAUCGAGCGGUUCCUCAAGAACUUCCGCCAGCGCAUUGUGGACAUGACGCAGGAGGACUUUGAGCGGUAUGUGAACUCGGUGAUUGUCAAGAAGGAGGAGAAGCUGAAGAACCUGUUUGAGGAGACCAGCCGGUUCUGGCGCCAUAUCUGCGCUGGGUACUACGAGUUUGAGAAGAUCGAGCAUGACGUGGCGACGCUGCGCACGCUGACACGCGCGGACGUGCUGGCGUACUGGGACCAGUACGUGAACAAGGAGGCUGCCCCCCGCUUCACGUCCCUGGUGGCCCAGUGCUGGUCGACCAAGAUCCCGAUGCCCAACGAACAUGAGCUCAAGCACUUCCCGGCCGUCUCGAUCGGCCUGUUUGGCUGCAUGCAGCGGUACGGCGCAGACGAGUUCACCGUCGUGGACGCCGACAAACUGGUGCGCAUUGUCCACGACGAGAAGCUGUCUGUGGAGGAUAGCCUGGCAAAGGCCAAGGAUGCGUACCGGAAGAUCUCGAAAAAGUCGGACGAAGAGUUCAGCAAGGUGUGGGAAAAGGUUGCAGAGGCAUCGUCGUAUGUGCGCUCGGCCCUGGAGAUGGUGCUGGAGCGUCCGCUGCCGCCCGUCCUGGUCAAUGGUGUAGGCAGUGUGUACAAGGGGCUGGAGAACAUCGGCGCCGUGCAUACGCCUGAUGGUGCGUGGAUGUUCGAGGACGCGGCCGUGUUCAAGACUACAUUAAGGCAGUCGGGCAACCCGAUUCCGACCAGGCUGCUGGUGCCAAAGUACAAGUAA